AUGAGUGGGCAUGAGAUAAAAAAGGGCAUCUGGAGUCGAUCCCAAAAACAUGGGACACCAGUUCAACAGAGCAUCACUCAGAGCACAUCAGCAGGAGCUUCAACAUCAUCUCAAGCAUGGAAUGGCAAUGGAUGGCCUAUGCCUUUGCCAAAUGAUGCCCUUCCCAUAGAAACUCAUUCCUACCCUGAAGUGUCUGAUGAUGAUUCUACAUCUGUGGAGGAUUGCUCAACUUGCAGUGAGAGCACAUCAUCCAUGGCUUCCUUAUGUUCCACAUGCACAGAUUCUGGCAGCUGCAUGUCUUGCACUGAAGAGGCCAUUUGGGAUGAUCAUGUUGAUGAAAAAGGUAAUCUCUUCUACGUGCAGAAGGUACCUACUAAGGUAUCAAAAAGUACCUGUAGUCAGCAGUCUGAUGAAAAGCUUAGUGAAGAGAAGCAAGUUUGGGUUCACUUGAAGAAGCUCCAACAGAAAUGGACACCAGCAGAUGAAGAUGUACUUGCAGAGAAAGUACUUGGGAUCUCCCUAAUUGAGCAUGAAAGUGGACAUGUUGAAGUUUCUCAGAUUCUGCCUGCGAAGAAAUCCCUUGUAAAGAAAGGGAAGGUUAAAAUUGGUGAUAUUGUAAUGGCCAUCAAUUCCAUCCCUCUGACAAAGAGAAACUUGAACCAUCUUCUUAGAGAUGUAAUGGAAGCUGGACAGAAGAAGGUCAAACUCAGCCUUAUGAGGGUGAAACCUUCACUACAUGCCUUCAAUGGAGGACUACCUGAAAGAGUUGAGCAUGUGGAGCAUCUGACAGAAGAAGUGGUCAAAGCCUUUCAAGACCCAAAGACAGAAGGGAGGAGGCAUUCUUCAUCAGUGAAAACCCUCUUCAUUGCUGGAGAAGGAAACCGAACUCUGUAUUCCCUUCCAAAAGUAAUCCAUGACGGUGAUGUGGACAUUUUGAGCAAGAUAAAAGGAACGUUCCUUACACUUCCUUUUGUUAUGAAAGAUAUCAUGGGGUGUUAUCCUGAUCACAUUUUACUGGAUAUUCCUGGUGAUGGCAAGAGAGAGCUCAUGGAUGUUUUCUUGCAUGUGGAGGGAAGAUCUGUCCUUUGCACAUCCUCAUGUCAUGUCAAUAUCCUCAGAAGAGAGAAACUUCUGGAAUGGAUGAGAUGCCUAUUGGAACUGUUCGUGUGGCACUUCAGCUCUACAACGAAUGCUUUGAGUUCCAAGGAAGGUCAGGGUGUUGCUGACAAUUAUUUGAAAAUGUUAUCCAAUCAGUUGGACCAUUCCAUCCUCAAUGCAAGUCCAUUGUCAUCAUCUGCCCAUUUACCAAGGUUCAUCUUCUCAGACUGUCCUGCAGUCCUUCCAUUGGAAUAUGAUGUCAAGGGCCUCAUGAUCACAAGCCACCUACCUGCAGACUUGACACGACUUGUCCACAUGUAUCUCCACUGGAAUGGUCUGCUGGGCCUGACCACCCAUCACUCUGUUAGUCAGAUGGCCAUCUGGACUUCCCUGCAAAAGCCCAAGUUAUAUCUCCAAGUGGUUGGAUUGGGUCAGUCAUUGCUAGCUGUGAUAUUGGAGAAUCUGGUCUUCACAUAUGAAUGGGAAGAUGGUCGAGGACCUGAGUAUAUCUAUAUCCAUGAGGCUUUAAAGACAUUAAGGGAUAUACAACAGCUUGGGCUCCACCUUAUCUGGAAUUCAAGUCUUGAGAAGGGCCUUUUAGCAUGUAACCAGUCCAAGAAGAAAGGCACUCCCUCCAAGCGAGUCAGUCUCAUCCAAAGGAGAAAAAAGUCCAAAGAAUCAGUUUACUUGUUUAAUGCAAAUGUCCUGUAUCUUCUCACCCAAGAUGUAGAUCCAGAGAAGGAAGAGAGACGGAGCUUGGUAUCAGCUGUCUCAGCACCAUCUCUUGACUAUCCCCUUUCCUUAAGCUCCAGGGCUCAUCCUCCCUCACACCAUCACAGCACUUCCUCAAUUGAACGGAUGUGGAAGGCUACAUUAAGAGAGGAGGGACGUGUCACUGGACGCAGGGAAGAGCGGCUUCAUCGCCUGCAGCUCUCCAACUAUAGAGGAUCCUCUAGCUCUUCUUUAUUUGGGAUUGGUGAGAAAUUUGUGAAGAGCCCAAGUCAUCAUCCCCCACCAGUCAGAUUGUGCAGAGGAAGUGAUUCUUCAUUCCCAAACCUGAUCCAUUUUGUGCACUCCCAAGGACAGCAAGGAUAUGUCAUCACACCCAUCCAACUGUCUCCUGAUGGUGAAGAUGAAUCUUUAAUCUUCCAGCAGUUCUUUUUGCUCAGUUCAUGCAUCCGUCUGCAGCUAGUCAAAGCUCAGUCAAAGAAUGUAGAAAUUGGAGCUUUGUUCAACAUCCCCGGGAAGAAACCAUCCCAGACAUCUAGUUACUGGGUCAUUGGCCGCAAAGGAAGUGACUCAAGAGAGACCUACAUCUGCUAUCAUGAUUCCGUCCCACAAGAUGUGAUUGAAUUUGUCUUCAACUUGGAAUCUCAUGUGUGAUUUCAUCCAUUGCCUCCAAUCAACUCACUCAUUGUUCCUUCCAGAAUGUAUUGCUGGUCUGUGAUAGUGUGUUCUGUUUCUGCUCAAGGAUUUUUGUCUUUCAUGUGGCAUUUCUCAUUUUUCCUUUUCCCAGUAUUUUCACAACCUCUUGGGUUGUUGUUU